AUGUUUAAAUCAGAUAGAUAGAAGUCCGAUAAGGAAAGAAUAUUUACAAUAAAUGCAUCUGGAAAGGCAAAUAAUGAAGUGUUCCCUACAAAUUUCAUUAAGACAUCAAAGUAUAAUAUUGUAACAUUCUUACCUUUAUCUCUUUUGGGUUAAUUUAGAAGAUAUGCAAAUAUUUAUUUUCUGUUUAUUGCCAUAAUUCAAAGUUUCCCUAUUAUAUCACCAUUAAAUCCAAUAUCUGCAAUAGCUCCAUUAGUAUUUGUAUUAGGAUUAUCAAUGAUAAGAGAAGGUAAAUUAUCGUUUGAUAAAAAGCUAUGGAGGAUAUAAGUAGACAUAAAUCUGAUAAUGAAGUAAAUGCUAUGGAGUGUACUAAGAUAAUUAAUAACAAAUAAGUAAAGACAACUUGGGCUGAUGUAAAAGUUGGUGAUUUACUAUAUAUAUCUGAAAAUGAGAUGUUUCCAGCAGAUAUAAUAGUCUUAAGUAGUUAAUUUGAAAGUGGGGUUUGCUAUAUAGAAACAUCUUCAUUAGAUGGAGAAAAGAACCUAAAGCCAAAGUCUGCAAUUAAAGAGACUUAAACAAUAUUUGGGUUUAAUGAAACUUAAUCAUAGAAUUAAAUGAGUUAGAACAACAAUUAAUAAUUCAAAGCCUAAGGAAAUCCUCCAUCCCCAGCUUUGGGUGAUUUUGAAGGUUCAAUUCAUUUUCCAAAUGGAACAAAAAAGUAUAAAAUUUAUUAGUAUCAAGAGUUUUGAAUGGUAAAUAAUUAUUAUUGAGAGGAGCAUUUCUAAGAAAUACAAAAUUUAUAGUAGGUGUAAUAGUUUAUACAGGAGAAGACACAAAAAUAAUGAGAAAUGCAGAACCUUCAAGAAUUAAAUAGAGUACUAUUGAAAGUACAAUGAACAAACUGAUAUUGGGAAUAUUAGGUGUGUAAAUCAUUGCAUGUGCAUUAUCUGCUAUAUUAUCUUCAUGGUGGUUACAUAAAUCAUUUAGUAAACACAUUUAUAUCAUAAUAACAGAAUAAAAUUAUACUUUAUUAUCAGCUAUUGCCUUCUUUUCAUUCUUUUUACUUUACAAUACUAUGAUACCAAUAUCCUUAGUUGUAUCAAUGGAGUUUGUUAAAGUUUUUCAAUGUUAUUUCAUUAAUAAAGAUUAAGACAUGUAUUCUUAAAAAAGAGAUAAAUAUGCUAAAGCAUAAACAUCAACUAUUAAUGAAGAAUUAGGUUAAGUAGAAUAUGUUUUCUCUGAUAAAACUGGAACAUUAACUUGUAAUCAAAUGGAAUUUAAAUAUUGUAUAAUAGGAGAUAUUCUUUAUGGAUAAAAUGAAAAAAUUAAUAAUUUGCCAUCUCCAAAAUAGAAUAAUCAUAAUGUAUAAGAAGAUACUUCUCAAUUCAAACAUUCAGUUUUUAAUUUUCAAGAUAAUACAUUAACUGGAAUCAUUUAAGAUAAACCAGAAUAUUAAAAUCAAUCUGAAUAACCAAGAAAAUUGAUCAUUUAAUCAAAUGAUAAAAAUGCUACAUUAGAAAUAAAGACAUAAAAAGAAUUAGUUCAUGAAUAUCUUAUGUUACUUUCUAGUGCUCAUGAAUGUAUAGCCUAGAAAGGAAAAAACUCUUAAAUAAAUUAUUAGGGACCUUCUCCAGAUGAAAUUACAUUAGUAGAUGCUGCCAUGAAUUUAGGUUAUAGGUUUGAAGGAUAAUCUGCAAAUGAAUAAGAAGUAAGUAAUAUUAUUAUAAACUUAGUUUACAAUUAGAGGUAAAUAAAAGAAAGUUGAACUUCUUUCAUAAUUUGAAUUUGAUUCAAAUAGAAAAAGAAUGAGUGUAAUAAUCAAAGAUAAUGGAAUUUAUAAAUUGUAUAUCAAAGGAGCAGAUAGUAUUAUAAAAGCUAGACUAAAACCAGAUUAACCAUUCUUAGAAUUUAUUUAAAAUAAAUUGUCAGAAUUUAGUACUAUAGGAUUAAGAACUUUAUUAAUGGCAAUGAAAAUAUUAUCAGAAUAAGAGUAUCUUGCUUUUGAAAGACAAAAGGAUGCAUUGGCAUCAUCUGAUAAAAGAGAAUAAGAAAAGGAAGAAUUAGUUAAUAAUUUAGAAAAAGAUUUAUAUUUAUUAGGUGCAACUGCUGUUGAAGAUAAAUUAUAGGAUGAUGUUCCAGAAACUAUUGCAGAUUUAUUAAAAGCAAAUAUUAAAGUAUGGAUGCUUACAGGAGAUAAAUUAGAAACUGCUGAAAAUAUUGCUAAAAGUUGUAGAUUAAUAUAAAAUGAUUUUAUGGUUAUGAAAUACUCAGAAACAGAUCUAAAUAAAUUAAGAGUUUAAUUAUCAGAAAAUAAAUUGACUUAUUAAGCUUGUAUAAAAGAAAAGAAAAAGAAAUCAAUCUUAGUAGAAGGAGAAUCUUUAGUCAUAUUAACUAAUAAUUAAUAAUUAAAGAGAGAAUUCACAAAAAUGGCUAUGGGUUGUGAUAGUGUUGUAUGUUGUAGAGUUACACCAAAACAAAAGGCAGAAGUUGUCCACUUGGUUAAAGAUCUUAAUAAAAUAACAUUAGCUAUAGGAGAUGGUGCUAAUGAUGUCAAUAUGAUACAAGAGGCACAUAUUGGAAUAGGUUUAUAUGGUAAUGAAGGAAUGAGAGCUGUUUAAAGUAGUGAUUAUGCUUUAGGUGAAUUUAGAUUUUUAUGGAAACUUCUAUUAAUACAUGGUAAUUGGUCAUAUAUUAGAAUAUCAGAAAUGAUUCUUUAUUUCUUUUACAAGAAUAUGAUAUUUACUGUCCCUUAAUUUUUGUAUUCUUUUUAUAGUGCCUAUAGUGCUUAAACCUAUUUUGAUGAUUGGUAUAUCACAUUUUAUAAUUUGUUUUUUACUUCCCUUCCAUUAAUUGCAAGAGCAACUUUGGAUAGAAGUGUCUAUUAUAAAAUGAAUGUAAGAAAUGAAGAAUACUCUGAUAUUUAUUAGAAGUCAACUUAAUAUUUAAAAGGAAAAUUCCCUCUUCUUUAUUCAGUUGGUUAAAAAUAAACCAUAUUUACUUUACCAAAUUUUAUAUUCUGGUGGGGCCAAGGAUUUAUUCAUGGAUUAUUAGUAUAUUUUAUUAGUUAUGCAUGUUUUGAUACAGAAUUAGUUAAUCUCAAUGGACAAAAUGCAGGUUUUGCUACCCUUUCGAUUACUGCAUAUACUGCAAUUAUAUUUGUAUAUUUUAUUCAUUUAUUUUAUUAGAUUGUUGACAUUAAAAUUGCAAUUUAUACUAAAUUUUGGACUUUUAUUAAUAUUAUCACACUUCUUUUAUUUUCAAUAGGAAUUUAUAUAGCAUACUUUUUUAUUUCCCACUAUUUUAAGGGUACUUAUUCUGAGUUUACUCCUAUUUACUUAAUUUAAUCUCCAAAUUUUUAUUUGAUUAUUGCUUUGCUUAAUGCUAUUAUAUUUAUAUUUGAUUUGGUUAUUAAUGCAAUCAUACAUGAAUUUUAUUCAACUGAAACUGAUAAAAUAAUAAAAUGGAGAAGAGAGUUUAAAUAAUUAGCAAGGGAAGGCAAUGUAUUAUAAAAGAUUGAAAUGUUACAAUAAGGAAAAAGAGAAAAUGGAUAAAGAGACUGGGGAGAUUCAUUCUUUGAAUAAAUUUUAGAAGAGAGAUUAAAAUCUGAUAGAGAUUAAAAUAUUGUUGAAGAACAAAGAGCUAUUUUAGAUUCUAAAUUUUAACCAUAUGCAUCUCCAGUAAAUCUCAAUAAUAGUGAUCAGACUAAUAGACAAUGUUAAUAAAGAAUAGAAUUAUAACAAAUUCAACUACCUCUAUAAAAUAAUAAUAUUAAAACUAUUAAUUAUUAAAUGUCAUAAAAACAAUAAUAAAAUUUUAAGAAUGUUAAUGAAGAUAGUAGAAUAAAUCAUCCUUAGUAAUAAAGAAUUUAUGUAAGAUGA